CGCUCUGCCCGGGACCUUUCAUCAGUGCGAUCAGCUCUCUUUGGAGGGGUGUGGCUAUAGCGGGCUCAGGUGUUCACCUGCCGGAGUGGCUUCAACUGAUGCAGAAACAUCGCGAGGAUUAAAUAACUGAAGCAGAUUUUCUGCAACCUGAAGGUUUUUCACUUCAUGUUUCUGUGGAUCUGAAGCAACAUGGAGGAUUUUCACCUGAACAACAACCUGACCUGCAGCAACGGAUCUUUGCUAACGUGGACAUGUGGCUCCGAGAGCGCAGUGUGUGUGGUCACUACCAGUCUGAUGAACACACACCUGAAUGGGAGCCUACAGACUACGGGCCAGCAGACCUAUACAGUGUACAACAUGUGGCUGGGGUUGGUCCUGGCUCUGCUGUCCGCCUUCCUGAUUGGUGGGAGCGUCAUUCUGAAGAAGAAAGCUCUCCUUCGAUUGGCCAGAAAUGGACAGACCAGAGCAGGAGAAGGAGGUCAUGGAUACCUGAAAGACUGGCUGUGGUGGGGAGGCCUUCUAACCAUGGGAGCAGGAGAGUUGUGUAACUUUGCUGCAUACAUGUUUGCUCCGGCCACGCUGGUCACGCCGCUCGGGGCGCUGAGUGUCCUCAUCAGCGCAGUUCUGUCGUCCUACGUGUUGGGAGAGAUGCUCAACAUCGUCGGGAAGCUGGGCUGUUUUCUGUGUGUGCUGGGGAGUGUUCUGUUGGUUCUUCAUGCCCCCCAGGAACAGGAAGUGACAUCACUGCAGGACAUGACCAAUAAGCUGCUGAAACCUGGUUUUCUGGUGUACGCCGGGUUGGUUUUGGUGCUCUGCGCCGUGCUCAUCUUGUAUUUUUGUCCGCGGUCGGGUCGCUCCAACAUCCUUGUCUACAUCAGCAUCUGCUCUCUGCUCGGGGCCUUCACCGUGUCAUCUGUCAAAGGGCUCGCCAUCGCCAUCAACACUGUCUUGAAGGACCUCUCCGUGCUUUCCAACCCUCUCACCUGGAUCCUGCUCUUCACCCUCAUCACCUCCAUAGUAACUCAGGUGAACUACCUGAACAAGUCUCUGGACACCUUCAACACCCUGCUGGUGUAUCCCAUUUACUACGUCCUCUUCACCUCUGUGGUCCUGUCCACCUCCAUCAUCCUCUUCCAGGAGUGGAGCAGGAUGUCGAUUGUGGACAUUGUCACAACCCUGGGCUCCUUUCUGGUCAUUGUGGUGGGUGUGGCCAUGCUGCACCUUUUCAGAGAAAUGCAGGUCACAGUGAGAGAACUGACCAAUCAGCUCUCUCAAACUGUGGAAAGGGAGGGGCUCACAGAUGAAGACUCAGCAGGUAGAAGAGAUGGAGUGAAGAAGAAGGAAGAUAAAUAUGGACUGAUUGACAAUGUAGUGAUAGAGAGUCUUCCUCCCAUGAGAGAGGAGGGGCCCAGAGUCUUCAUCAUCAGCUGAAAAGAACAUCAAGAUGCACUUCCUCCUGGACUUUGGUUUAAGGGUUAAAUAAUGCACAUGUAAGACAAGUACAUUGGAAUGUUUCUUCUGCAGCUCAGGGUAAUUACAGAAGGACAACAAAAUAACAAAACUAACACGGUUCAUGAAUAGGAUGAAAACAAAAAUUUAAGAAAGAGAGGAGCAGAGUGAAAAUAAAAAAUGUAAAAUAAAAAUUCAAAAGUAUAAAAUAAAAUUUAAAUAUUGCAGUGUCCCAAACUUUUCAUUAUUGCACUUUUGUUAUGUGUUAUAAUGAAAAAGGUUGGGAUGCUGCAAUAUCAAAAAUUUUAUUUAUAGUUUUGGAUUUUUAUUUUACUUUCCCCCCCCCCACUUUAACCUGAAGCUUUAGCUCAUCCUCUUCCAAAACGCUCUUCCUCACAUCUUCCAUCCAUCUAUUUUCUUCCGCUUAUCUAGAGUUGGCAUAGUUUAACCCUUGUUCUAUCCUAGGUACUUUACCAUUGGGAGUUGGGUCAUCUAGACCCACUAGACAGUGCUCUGAACCUUUUUUCUUCAAUGAUUUGUGAU